AUGCAAAUGACUUCUCAUGAUGAAAAAGUUCAUGGAUUUGAAAGACAAAAGUUGGAAAGAGUUUGUAUGAAAAAUAGGAAUCUACCAGAUAAUCAUUGUUUCUCCAAUCUACAGAUCAUGUUUUCACAAGCCUUCACAUAUCUUAGGCCUCUGAUUCGUGCUAUUGGAAGAUUAGAUAAAAUAGAAAAGAAUAUUGAAAGUGUAAUUGAGUGUCAACAGUUAUUGAGUGCACGAUUAGAUACGCAAACUGAUAGAGCAUGUGAAAUGCUAUCUAAAUUAAAGGCAAAUCCACUGACAAUGGGAAGAAAUAUUGGUAGCUCCAUCAGUAAUAUACAACCUACACCAAGCAGAGAUCCUGGAUAUGGAUCUGCAACUCCAGAAAUAUCAGCGAAUCCUUCAAAACAAGCAAAUCCAACAGAGAUUACUAAUGCAAUUGCAGAGUUGACACUUGAUGCUGCAGAAAUGUCCAGACUUGUUGAAACCAGCAAUGAAAUUUUAAACAGAGUUUUCCUGCAAGAUACGUUGUUUAGUGAUGGAUCAAUGGUUGAUGCUGCUACCUCAGACGGAUGA